UCCACAUCAAGAAUGAAGAUAUAAUAUUUGAUGUCUUGAUGCUACAGUAAAAACUGAGACGGUGAAAGCACUGGAGAAGAAAGAGCACUUCAAGCCCUACAGGUAACCUGCUAAUGCAUAUUGGAAGCAAAAUAGCCAAUCUUACCUCCACAUCUGGAUUUCUGCUCCUGGAAUUUUCGGACAUCCGAGAAACACAGAUCUUAUAUUUCUUUGUGUUCCUCACCAUAUACUUGACUGCAGUGACUGGCAACCUUCUCAUCAUCCUUGCUGUAGCCCUGGAUCAUCAUCUGCAAACCCCCAUGUAUUUCUUUCUCAUGAACUUAGCUAUUCUGGACCUUGGCGCAGUGUCUGUCAUGGUACCCAAAGCCAUGGCCAAUUCCCUCAUGAACAGCAGGUCAAUUUCUUACUCAGGAUGUGUAGCUCAAGUUUUUUUCCUCUUUUUUUUUGUAGGGUCAGAUCUGUCCAUCUUGACAAUAAUGGCACAUGAUCGGUAUGUGGCUAUCUGCAAUCCAUUGCAAUAUGAGAUAGUUAUGCACAGAGGAGCCUGUAUUCAAAUGGCAGCCAGUGCAUGGAUUGCUGGUAUACUCUAUGGUGCGUUACACACUGGAGGAACAUUUACCAUCACCUUUUGCUCCAACAUGAUUGAUCAGUUCUUCUGUGAAAUACCACAGAUGCUAAAACUCUCCUGCUCAAACCUGUAUCUGGUGGAAGUUGGUUUGCUUUUAUGGGGCUCUUGCCUGGCAUUAGGAUGCUUCAUCUACAUCACUGUCAGCUAUGUGCGGAUUUUUGAAGCAGUGCUCAAAAUCCCUUCUGUCCAUGGUCAGAAAAAGGCCAUCUCCACAUGCCUUCCCCACCUCACUGUCGUUUCUUUGCUCAUCUUUACUGGCAUGUUUGCCUAUUUGAGGCCUCAGAGUUACACUUCAUCUGACCUGAAUAUUAUUUCUGCAAUAAUUUAUGCUGUAGUUCCUCCCUUGCUCAAUCCAUUCAUUUAUAGCAUGAGAAACAAAGAAAUCAAGACCGCAUUGUUGAAAAUCUCUGAUUGUGGGCAUCUUUCUAAAAUAAUUGCUAGCAAAGCUUUUCGACAAAAAUGA